AUGAGUGGUAGAAGAUGUGGAGCUGCCAUAAGCAGGUGGCAACCAGUGAGAUACCUUUCCAAAAGUUAUCCGCAUUUCAACAAUGCUCCUAGGUACACUUCAUCUUCCCCAUCAGAAAUGUCACACUUUAAUGCCCUUGCUUCAUCGUGGUGGGACGUAAAUGGGCCUCAACGUAUAUUGCACAAGAUGAAUUUGUUACGAAUGGACUUUAUAUAUGAUACAAUUCUGCAGCAUACAAAGCUCAACGCGAAUGUCAAAUCUCCAGAUGAUGAGAUUUAUAUUCCCCCUUACAAUGUCAAUUUGUUGCCAGCACCAGUAAGGGAGAGAAUACAACUCGAUCAAGAGGAGAGGAAGGGAGAGAUAUUAGAGGCAAGCAAGCUCAAGGUCUUAGAUGUAGGAUGCGGAGGUGGUAUUCUUUCGGAGUCAAUGGCUAGAUCCCCAUUUGUGUCUAGUGUUAAAGGGAUAGACUUAUCAGCUGAUGUGUUGGAAGCAGCAAAAAUACAUAAAGCCAAGGACCCAAUGUUGGAAGACAAGUUGCAAUACGAAUUGUCGGCCAUUGAGGAUAUACUAAAGGAUGAAAUGUUUGAUAUUGUCACCAUGUUUGAAGUAUUGGAACAUGUGGAUUACCCAUCACGAGUGCUUCUUGAAGGUUUGGAGAGGUUGAAAGUAGGCGGAUGGUUAUUUCUUUCAACGAUAAACAGAGACCCAGUCAGUUGGUUCACAACAAUAUUGAUGGGUGAGCAUAUAUUAAGGAUUGUACCGGUUGGAACCCAUACGUUGGAAAAAUACAUCAAUCAAUAUGAAAUCAAAGAGUGGGUCGAAGAGGAUGCCGAUAGAAGAGACAAAUAUAAAGUAGUGGAUACUAGAGGGUGUGUGUACAUCCCCGCUUAUGGGUGGGAGUUCACAUCGUGUCCAGAUAUCGGUAAUUACUUCAUGGCUAUACAACGAAAAUUCUAA